GGCCGCGAUGGUGGCAGCCCGGCCAGGAGGAGGAGCAGCAGCAGCAAGCGGGCGGCGCUGGCGGGCGGCGCUGCUCCCGUUGCCCGGCGCCGUGGCGCUGCGGCUGGGGCUACUGCUGCUGGUCGCCGCUGCCCCUCCGCCGGGGGCUGACGGCCGGCGCUUGAUCUGCUGGCAGGCGAUGCUGCAGUGCCAGGAGGAGCCCGACUGCAGCUACGCGUACAACCAGUACGCCGAGGCGUGCGCGCCGGUGCUGAUGGCCGCGGGGGACGGCGCGGGCGCUGCUGCAGCGGCGGCUGCGUCGCCGUCCAGUAGGCGGCGGUGCCCGAGCCACUGCAUUUCGGCGCUCAUCCAGCUCAACCACACCAGGCGGGGCCCGGCGCUGGAGGACUGCGAUUGCGACCAGGACGAGAACUGCCGCGCCACCAAGCGCGCCAUCGAGCCGUGCCUGCCUCGGACCAGCGGAGGUGGCGGAGCAGGCGGAGCAGGCGGCGGCGGCGUCGGGGCGGGCGGCGUGAUCGGCUGCACGGAGGCGCGUCGGCGCUGCGACUGGGACAGCCGCUGCAGCGCGGCGCUGGGCCGCUACAUGACCUACUGCGGGAAGGUCUUCAACGGCGUGCGCUGCACCGAGGACUGCCGCGCCGUCAUCGAGGACAUGCUGGCCGUGCCCAAGGCGCUGCUGCUCAACGACUGCGUGUGCGACGGCCUCGAGCGGCCCAUCUGCGAGUCCGUCAAGGAGAACAUGGCGCGCCUCUGCUUCGGCGCCGACGCCGUGGGGCCCGGCAGCAGCGGCGCCUCCGACGGCGCCAUGGACGACUACUGGGAAGAGGAGUACGACGAAGAGCUGGCGCCGCGCGGAAGGGACGACCUGGACGACGUGGCGGCGGUGGCCGGAGCCGGCUCCGAAGCCGCCUCGCCCAGGAAGCCCAAGGACGGCUGCCCGGCGCGCUCGGCUCCCUGGACGCUUGGCGCCACGGCCUCCAUUUUGCUGCUGCUGCUGCUGCUCUCGUAGCCAUUUCCAGCCCGGCGCUCUUGAGGGGCGCUGGAGGAGGCCGGGCCGGGUCGAGGAGAGGGAGGGAAGGAGCCUGCGCUCGCCCCAGGGCCCUGGCUCCGGGAGGACGGGGCUUGGGCACGGAGAAAGGAGAGCCUCACCCCGAGCAGCGGCCCCGCAGAGACCGGGGACUCUGAACUCGCCCCAGGCAGAUGGGCCUCCCUUCUCUCCCCCCCGAGCCUUGUAUUCAAGCGGUGUGCCUUAUUCUGCACCUCCAGUAUGCCUUUGGUUUUGAUGGGGAUCCCCGCCGUGUCCUCACUGGGCCCUGUUGCCUUGCCUGACUAGUUGGAACAGAUGCUGGGCUGGAUGUUAUGGUUUCUUUGCGCUGUGGUCACUCCUUCCUUCUGUCCUCAUCUCUCUAUAUCUGGGCAUUCUCCCCCUCCCACUUCUAAAAUUAUAUUUGAAAGGGAAAGGGCCAUUGAAUCCGAAUCCUUUUUUUGCAAACGUUUAGCCACUGUUUGUACAUCAGACCCCAGAAUUGUGGUAUUUGUUACUUUUGGUUCCAAGCGUUCCGUGCAUGUCCAAAUAAGCGUGCUUAGGACUGCAGCCUUAGAGAUGUUUUACUCCUGGCAUUUUUCCCCCUGUGGGACUGUAUGAAGCAACCUGAAUAUGCCUGUCACAUACAAAGAUUGUGCAGUCCUUUCUUCCCUGUGUGCAAAUCACUACCAGUUGCAGCUUCCUAAUCUUU